CUGCGUCAUCAGCUGGCGCCACGCCAGUGACAGCCCGGGAGAGUAGCACUUCUAAGGCUCGGAAGUUCCUGCGUUUGCGUCCAGCAAGUCACUUCCCCGGGCUGUCAGUGCGACGGGGACCGUGGGGCCCGGGCUGGGCUAAUACCACCGCUCGGGCGGCUUUUCCGGCUGGAGUGGGGAGGACGGCGCGGCCGGGGCGCCUGCAACGCGGUGCCUGCCGCCUGCGCUGUGCGCUCUCACCCCGGGAGUCAGGCCGGGAGCACCCCGCGGCGCUGAUGGAGCCGGCGCAGGGCUGUGUGACCUUUGAGGACGUGACCAUUUACUUCUCCCAAGAGGAGUGGGGACUCCUCGAUGAGGCUCAGAGACUUCUGUACUGCGAUGUGAUGCUGGAGAACUUUGCACUUAUAGCCUCUCUGGGACUUACAUCUUUCAGGUCUCAUGUAGUUGCCCAGUUGGAGAUGGGGGCAAAACCUUGGGUGCCUGACCAAGUGGACAUGACUUCAGCCAUGGCAAGAGGGGCAUAUAAUAGGCCUGGCUGUGAUUUUUGCUAUGGACUGGAAAGUGAGGGAUCAUGUUCUCAGAAUAGUGUUUCUGUGGAAGGAAUGUCACAGGACAGGAAUUCCAAAGUGGUUCUGUCCACCCAGAAAGAUUGCCCCUGUGGCAUGUGUGGCCUACCCUUGAAAGACAUCUUGCCCCAGGCUGAACACCAGGCAACACAUCCCAGGCAACAACCAUAUGUGUGUGAGGCACAUGGGAGAGAGUUUGAGAUCAAUGCAAAUCUGCCCCAGAAACAGGUGCAGCAGAAUGUGGACAAGCCUGUCAGAAGGGAUGAGGGAAGGGCCUCACCUGUGAAGAACUGCAGAGACAACUCACCCAAUAAACCUUUCACAUUCAGGGAGGGUGNGUUGCAGAUCCAGGUGGUGGGCUGA